AUGGCGCCGCCGCCGCUGUCACGUAUCCUCGUGAUACUCUUAGUGCUUCUCGUCUCCGCCGGCGCCGGGGCAGACAGCUGCACCGACGACGACGGUGGCCACCGAAGCCACCAAACGCGCCACGCCCGCAUCUUCAGCUUCGGCGACUCGCUCACCGACACGGGGAACGCGCUACGCAUCCUCGGCGACCGGGCGAUCAUCAGCCGGCCGCCGUACGGCGAGACCUUCUUCGGCCGCCCUAGCGGCCGCGCGUCGGACGGCCGGAUCAUGAUCGACUUCAUCGCUGAGGCGAUGGGGGUUCCGCAGCCGACACCGUACCUCCUCGCCGGGAAGACGGCGGCGGACUUCCGGCGCGGAGUGAACUUCGCGGUGGGCGGAGGGACGGCGCUCGACCCCGGCUUCUUCGAGGGCAGAGGCCUCAAGAUCUUCGUGCCGGUCUCUUUCAGGAACCAGACCGCCUGGUUCAAGAAUGCUUUGCAGCGUCUCGGCUCGGUUCACGAGCAGAGGAACGUCACGGCGACCUCCCUCUUCGUCGUCGGAGAGAUCGGGGUCAACGACUACCUCAUCGGCCUCCUCGGAAACCGCACCCUUAGCGAGCUGAAGACCGUCUUCCUCCCGCGGAUCAUCAGUGCCAUACGCUCCGCCGUGACGGACGUGAUCGCCGCCGGAGCAUGCACGGUGGUGGUCCCCGGGGCCAUACCUCUCGGCUGCGAGCCGGAGCUGCUGACGCUCUACCAGGGACGCGUCGGCGCCGGAGGCUAUGACCCGGAGUCCCGUUGCAUCACCUCGCUGAACGACCUCGCCGAGCUGCACAACCGCGAGCUGCGCCGCAUGCUCGGGGACCUCCGCCGCGCCCACUCCGGGUCCGGGACGACGACGACGUCCAUCGUCUACGCCGACCUCUACCGCGCCGUCACCGACAUCAUCGUGUCGCCCGGCAGAUACGGUUUCAGGGACAGGCCGCUGGUCGUGUGCUGCGGCCGCGGCGGCGGCGCCUACAACUUCGACAUGGCGGCGAACUGCGGCGCGCCGGGGACGAAGGCGUGCGCCGACCCGUCGGCGUACGUCUCCUGGGACGGGGUGCACUUCACGGAGGCCGCCAACAGGCGCAUCGCCUGCUCCGUGCUCGGGACGCUGCGGCUCACGACGCAGGCUGGGCGCUGUAGGAUCGGGUGCGACUGCGACUAG